AUUGACCAAUGAGCACGUUGGACGGCGAUGACGUACCAGGUGAAAGAUCAGCGCGCACGCAGGAUGUAAAUAAAUGAUUGCACAGAGACGGGAACUGACAGAACCAAAACCAACAUGAGUUUGCUUACUUGUUCAGCACGGCGGAUUUUAUCCACGCAAAGACAACCUUCAGGGGGCAGCCGUGAAUUCUGGGGCUGGCUCAAUGCUGUUUUCAACAAAGUUGAUUAUGAGCGUAUUAAAGCGGUGGGUCCCGAUCGAGCUGCAGCCGAGUGGCUCCUGAGGUGUGGGGCCAAAGUUCGAUUUCAUGGAUUUGACCGGUGGCAGCACGACUACAAUGGACUCCCAACUGGGCCAUUGGGCCGGUACAAAAUAGAAGCUAUUGAUGCCACUGAGUCCUGCAUCAUGUAUCGUGGCUUUGAUCACCUGGAGGGCCUAGAGAAUGUGGAGGAAAUCAGGUUCAAUAAGUGUAUUUAUUUAGAAGACACUUGUCUGGAGCGUUUGGGUGAAAUAAAGACGCUGCAGGCCAGUGUGAGGAGCAUGACUGUUGUGUCUUGUGGCAACGUGACCGACAAAGGACUCAUUGCUCUUCAUCAUCUAAGGAACCUGGAGUGGCUGUUUCUUAGUGAUCUACCAGGUGUUAAAGAUAAAGAUCAGACUGUGGACAGACUCCAGACAGCACUUCCCAGACUUGCCAUAGAACUGGAUCUGGCUUAGCCAAUCACAGCAUCUCUCAGAGCAUGCCCAGUGAAUUACAGCCCAAUCUUAGAGUGCAUUUAAACCACAACUCCCACCAUGGCUGCUGUGGCAACAGCAUGCAAGCAACUAAGCAUCCCAGGGAUGGAUGCGGGGAGCUGCUCUACUUUAGAGCCGAAAGCAACACCAUCUUUCCAUAGAAUUUGCUUUGAUUAGAUACACUCAGACAACACUGGGCAGUAAAAGAAUGUUAUUUUGCAAUUGUGAAUAAAAUCCCAUCUAA